AAAUGGUGGUUGGUUCUGCUUCUGCUGAUGACUGUGCUGUUAAGGCUUUGACAAGUUUAGCUGCUAAGUGGAGAAAGAGGAUUUUCAUAGGAUGUAUUCCGAUUGAAUCUACAGUUGAUAAUGUGCAGUUGCAUUUCAGUCAGUUUAGCUAUGUUUUGGACGUGUAUCUUCCUAAGGAUGAAAGAAAAAUGUGUCAUAGGGGGUUCGGUUUUAUGACAUUGUCUGAUGAAAUUUCAGCUGAGUACACUUCUCAGAAAGUACAUAGGAUACGUGGGCAGACAUGUGUAUGUUAUCAUGAAAUAUGAUAGACAGGUGCUUGGGUCCAAUAGGCACUCAUGUGGGUAGCUGACUAUCAAAGGAAAGAGCCUCAGAACUUUCUUGUGCAGAGUGGUUUGGUGGGCUACUGUCUAUCACAUAUGGUCUCAGAGAAACUUAAGAAUUCAUGGAGAGGUCAAAACAGAGGAAAUCAAAGUGAAGAGAAUGAGAAAGGAUGUUAAGUUUAGAAUGAUGUUCAAAGGAAGUAACUGCGACUCUAUCAUUCAUGGCUUCUGCUUAAAAGUUUUGCUAGUAGCUGGGUUUGUGAUUGGUCUUAUUUUUUUAAAGAAGAUGUUGGGUAAGAUUAGCACCAAUCUGAUGCUGUAGUUUAGUCUGAAGGCUCAUAUCUCUAUGUAAAACUGGGUUGGGAUGAUGUAACACUGUUUUCAAAUGGAGAUGAUCUUUUAAUGUAUAGGUCAGGGCAGAUGCUUUUGUUGUAGUGGACUAACUGAAGUCUCAGUGUUUUAAGUGUUUCUGUUUUGUAACAAUAAAAAAUUAUGAAUUAUCCAAAAAAGAUAGAAGA